AGUUCCUCUUGAGAGAGGAAUUAAAUUAAUAUUAAUUUCAAAGCAGAUGCUUUUGCUUGAUGAGCUAAUGCACUAAAGUUGGCUCACUGAAAAAAAAAGCAGAAAAGUCCAUUCAGUGUAUUUUCGACCUGCUGAACACGUUGUGAGAAAAGACAUUUACCUUAUUUCUAACAAAGUCAUGGAUUUUAAAAGUCUGUAAAUGUACACAAGUUUUAAAAAAAUGAGAAGCAUUUGCGUAAAACUGAAAAAAGGAUGUUGUCUGUGGACCUCUGGGCAUGCCACCUCUGACGGCUCCACAAGUAGGCAGUCCGAGACAGGAACAGUCACUGUUACUGGACUCAAAGCGCUGAGGACAACUGAAGCUGAGGUGCCAGACGUUAGAAUAGGUUGGAGAAGAUGAACAACAGUAGCAACAACACCUCCGUGUCUUGUCUUGGGGAGAGCCAGCAUGUGUCCAUCGUCGUUCUCCUGUGCAUUGUCUUCUUUGUGGGCUUCCUCCUCAACAUCUUCAGCCUGUGGGUCUUCUGCUGCCGGAUGCCCUGCUGGACCUCUGGAACCACUCUGCAGUUCCAUCUCGCCCUUAGUGACGCCCUCGCCACCCCCGUCACUCCCAUGAUGGCGGUGUACUUUGCCAUGGGCAACGACUGGCCCUUUGGUCGCUUCCUGUGCCAAGUCAAGAUUUCCCUGCUGAGUUCGCAUUUCUAUGGCAGCACGAUUUUUCUCACUCUCAUCAGCAUCCAUCGAUACACUGCCGUGGUGCACUUCAACAGGAGCUCCUUCAUGAAACGGAAGGACUUUAUCAAGAAGCUCUGUGGAGGAGUUUGGCUUCUGCUACUGAUCCAGUCUCUGGUCUAUGGUUUCAUGCUUCCUCCUAGUAGAGAGGAAGGCCACAGUCAGUGCCUCACCAUCCAUCAGAAGAAACUGACAGACACCUACUUCACCAUUAACUUCAUCCUGUUCAUCUUUGGCUUUCUACUUCCUUUCUUUGUGUCUGCAGUUUGCUAUGGGCGACUCGCAAACACCCUAACACGCCUCAACAUCAACUCAGCCAAAGGUCUGAAAGUCAAGUUGAAAUCUCAGAGGAUGAUAGGCAUGUGUCUGGUGAUAUUCCUUCUGUGCUUCCUGCCCCUGAACGUGGUACGAACCGUGGGAGUCAUUUUAAAAAAAUACUACCCGCAACAAUGCCAUACUCUACAGCAAGUCGAGACAGCGUAUUAUGCAACAUGGAUUUUAGCCGGAGUGAACAGCUGCCUGGAUCCUCUGUUGUACUGCUUUGGGUCACAGAAUUUUCGAGACGCUUUUCAAUCUCUCAGGAUUGGCCAGGGAGAUGUUCCGAACAGAAGCGAUUCAGAAAUGACUGGCAAUCAGAUUUAAAAUUUAAAAUUCAUACUGAACGGGUUCGCUUUAAAGAUCUGGUGGAAAGUGUUGCCUUGUUUUUCCACGCGUUUGUGUUUGAUCAUUAAACAUUAUUUCAGAGGCCUAGAACGACUAAGAUUUAUGCUUUAAGAGACAGAGCCCUCUUGUGGUCGUAGCAAUUAUGAUGGUAGCAAAAGUAAAUAAUUAUUUUAAAGAGUUCA